AAAAACCAUCCAGCCACCGACUUCAAACCAGAACGUCAGCAGAGGAGAGUGGAAGUUGGAUACUGAACGGUCAAGGUGCCCACAGGAAUUUAAUAGGAGUCAGGACUUUGGAGGCUCGAACAACCAGACGGUGGCUUCUCCUUGGAUUUCUUGCCUGUUACCGAUCUUGAUCUUCUCUCUUCAGACUUCACGAUGAAUGUGCAGGCUUGUUCUAGGUGUGGGUACGGGGUGUACCCUGCUGAGAAGAUCAACUGUCUAGACCAGAUAUGGCACAAAGCUUGUUUUCACUGUGAAGUUUGCAAGAUGAUGCUAUCAGUGAAUAACUUUGUGAGUCACCAGAAAAAGCCAUACUGUCACGCCCAUAACCCCAAGAACAACACUUUUACGAGUGUCUAUUACACUCCAUUAAAUCUAAAUGUGGGGAAACCUCCAGAGGCCAUUUGUGGGAUCGGUGGCCAGGAGGAUGGUGAACGGUUUAAGUCGGUUUUUCACUGGGACAUGAAAUCCAAGGAUGAGGCCGCAGCACCUAACAGGCAACCACUGGUGGAUGAGAGAGCCUAUUGGAGUGGAUACAGGGAAGGGGACGCCUGGUGCCCAGGAGCUCUUCCAGACCCUGAAAUCGUAAGGAUGGUGGAGGCACGAAAGUCACUGGGUGAGGAGUAUCCAGAAGACUAUGAGCAACAGAGAGGAAAAGGGAGUUUUCCAGCCAUGAUCACACCUGCUUAUCAAAGGGCCAAGAUCGCCAACCAGCUGGCCAGCCAAGUGGAGUACAAGAGAGGGCAUGAUGAGCGCAUCUCCAGGUUCAGCACGGUGGCGGAUACCCCUGAGCUGCUCCGGGCCAAGGCUGGUGGACAGCUUCAAAGUGAUGUGAGAUACACAGAGGCCUAUGAACAGCAGAGAGGGAAAGGCAGUUUUCCUGCUAUGAUCACACCUGCUUAUCAGAUAGCCAAAAGAGCCAACGAGCUGGCAAGUGAUGUGAGAUACCAUCAACAAUAUCAAAGAGAAAUGAAGGGAAUGGCUGGCCCUGCUGCUGGAGCUGAGGGCCCGUUGCCAAAGGAAUACAUGGACCAGUAUGGCCAGGGUUACUCAGAAGAGUAUGGCGAGCACAGAGGAAAGGGCAGCUUCCCGGCCAUGAUCACCCCAGCUUAUCAGAACGCCAAGAAAGCCAACGAACUCGCUAGUGAUAUAAAAUACAGGCAGGACUUCAAUAAGAUGAAGGGCGCUGCACAUUAUCAUUCCCUCCCAGCCCAGGACAACUUGGUUCUGAAGCGGGCUCAGAGCGUGAACAAGCUCGUGAGUGAGGUGGAGUAUAAGAAGGAUCUGGAAAGUAGUAAAGGUCAUAGUAUCAACUACUGUGAAACGCCUCAAUUCAGGAAUGUGUGCAAGAUUUCACAAUUCACCAGUGAUAAUAAAUAUAAAGAAAACUACCAGAACCGCAUGAGAGGCCGCUAUGAAGGAGUCGGGAUGGACAAACGGAUGCUCCAUGCUCUGAAAGUUGGAAGCCUGGCAAGCAAUAUCGCCUACAAGGCUGAUUACAAACACGAUAUUGUUGACUAUAACUACCCGGCCACUCUUACCCCCUCCUAUCAAACAACGGUGAAACUGGCCCCCCUGAAAGACGUCAACUACAGGCAAAGCAUCGACAAGCUGAAGUACAGCUCUGUGACCAACACUCCUCAGAUUGUUCAAGCCAAAAUCAAUGCCCAGCAACUGAGUCAUAAGAAGUACCGGCAGCAUCCAGAUGCUUUGAAGUUUACCAGUAUUAAAGACACUCCGGAGAUGGUCCAGGCCAGAAUUAGUUAUACCCAAGCAGUGGAUAGGUUGUACCGAGAGCAAGGAGAAAACCUAAAGCAUCACUACACGCAGACCACUGACCUCCCUGAAGUCCUGCUGGCCAAGCUGAAUGCCAUGAAUAUCAGCGAGACACGUUAUAAGGAAUCCUGGAGCAAACUUCGAGACGGUGGCUAUAAGCUGAGACUGGAUGCCAUUCCAUUCCAGGCAGCAAAGGCUUCUGGCGAAAUCAUAAGUGAUUACAAAUACAAAGAGGCAUUUGAGAAAAUGAAAGGGCAGAUGCUCGGCUCCCGGAGCUUGGAAGAUGAUAUCAGCCUUGCGCAUUCAGUGUACGCGAGCUCUCUGCAGAGCCAAGUGAAUUACAAGAAAGACUUUGAAAACUCAAAGGCGCAGUUCCAUCUGCCGUUGGACAUGGUAACCCUGGUGCAUGCCAAGAAGGCUCAGACCCUGGCCAGCGACCAGGACUACAGACACCCGCUCCCCCAGUACACGUCCUUGGCUGAGGACCUGAGGCUCAGCUGCGCCAAGAGAGCUCACAAGUUGCAGAGUGAGAAUUUGUACCGAUCGGACCUGAACUUUAUGCGGGGUGUUGCCUGCGUCAUUCCAGGCACGUUAGAGAUUGAAGGGAGAAAGAGAGCAUCUGAACUCAUCAGUGAGAGUAAAUAUCGUCAGCAUCCCCAGUCGCUCAAGUACACAGCCGUGACAGACACACCCAGCCUCACUCAUGCAAAACUCAGCAACCAGAUUACAAACGAGCGCCUCUAUAAAGCAGCAGGGGAAGAUGCAAGACACCAGUACACAAUGACCCUGGGCCUGCCCGAGUUUGUCCGAGCGAAAACAAACGCGGCCAAUCUGAGUGACGCAAAAUAUAAGGAGUCUUGGAGGAAUCUCCAUGCUCAAGGCUACAAGCUGACAAUAGAUGCUCUGCCCUUCCAGGCGGCUCGAGUCUCUGGAGACAUAGCCAGUGAUUUUCUCUACAGACAUGACUUUGUGAAGGAGCGAGGACGGCUGAUCGGGGCCCAGAGCGUGAGUGACGACCCCCGGCUCCAGCACUGUCAGCGGGUGGGCCAGCUGCAGAGCGAGCUUCAGUACAGGAGGCAGGCGGCGGGCAGCAGAGCGCAGUGCCACCUGCCCAUGGACAUGGUGCCUCUGGUCCACGCCCGGAAGGCCCAGGCCCUGGCCAGCGACCUUGACUACAGGACACAGUGCCACGCGUUCACGGCGCUGCCCGAGGACCUGAGGAUGGCCUGGGCCAAGAAGGCUCAUGCCCUGCAGAGUGAGCUGCGCUACAAGUCGGAUCUGAUGGGCAUGAAGGGGACAGGAUGGCUGGCGCUGAGCUCCCCACAGAUAGAAAGUGCAAAGAAAGCUGGAGAGCUCAUCAGUGAGACCAAAUACCGUAAAAAACCAGACACCAUCAAGUUUACCACAGUGGUUGACUCCCCGGACCUAGUUCAUGCCAAGAACAGCUACAUGCAUUGCAAUGAGCGCCUGUACAGGUCGGGGGAUGCGGAAUCCCGACACAGGUACACCCUGGUGCCCGACCACCCCGAUUUCACCAGAGCCCGCCUCAACGCCCUGCAUCUGAGCGACAAAGUCUACAGGCACUCCUGGGAGCAGACCCGGGCUGGCGGCUACGACUUCAGGCUGGAUGCCAUCCCAUUCCAGACGGCACGGGCAUCGAGGGAAAUCGCCAGUGAUUUCCGGUACAAAGAGGCCUUCCUACGGGACCGGGGCCUGCAGAUUGGGUACCGCAGCAUCCACGACGACCCGAGGAUGAAGCAUUUCCUCAGCGUCGGCAGACUCCAGAGUGACAACGAGUACAAGAAGGACUUCGCCAAGAGUCGGUCCCAGUUCCACAGCCGCCCAGACCAGCCCGGCUUCCUCCAGGCCAAGAGGAGCCAGCAGCUGGCCAGCGAUGUGCAUUACAGGCAGCCCCUGCCCCAGCCCACCUGCGACCCGGAGCAGCUGGGCCUGAAACACGCGCAGAAGGCCCACCAGCUGCAGAGCGAUGUCAAGUACAAAUCAGACUUGAACCUGACCAGAGGUAUUGGCUGGACACCUCCUGGCUCCUACAAAGUGGAAAUGGCUCGGCGGGCUGCAGAACUGGCCAACGCGAGGGGCCUGGGUCUCCAAGGGGCUUACGGGGGGCCGGAGGCUGUGGAGCCCAGAGAUGAUCAGAGCGGGUUUGUAAACCCAGAUGCCACCGAGAUUCUGCACGUCAAAAGGAGGAAGGCCCCGCUGUUCUGAGUGGGAGGCAUCCACCCUUGGUUCUUGGGAGAGAAGCUGGAGAGGAGAUCUGCACACCAGAGACAUGGCUUCAGUCGGAGCCAGCUGUGAAAAUGGCGCCCCUGCCCGAGCCCUCCUUUAUUAAAAUAACAGCUCCAUGAAAA